AAUGUGUGGAAUGCAAAGUAUCUGUUGACCCUGACGGCAUCCCUGGUCGGCUGCUUCCAAUACUUCGACAGUGAGGACAAUAACACCUGGAGGUCGGUCUAUGGUUACGGGCAAUACAUGCCUGGUGAAACGCUACGGAGUGGAUAUACCAGCGGAAAAGUUACGGAGAACAGAUAUAUAAACCUUGUGUUUGGUCAAGAUCUGCACCCAGAACCGCGCCGCCCGGCAAUUCCCUCGCUUUCUGAACAGUCCAUAUGCCAACUAUGCAAACACAAGUCACGCCUAAAACACCAGAAAGAAUAA